UUUAUUCCAAGCGAGCUUAAAGCUGAAACUAUUUAAAGCAAGCAUGUUCUGAUAUUUGAACCCCAUCUACUUCCAUCUUUAUUUAUUUAUAUUUAUCAUAUACAUCAGGGACUAAUCUACCUUUAUAUCUAUGUAUACAUAGAGCAUAUAGCAGUAGGGAAUAUAAUAUUUUUUAGAUUCAUCAUACAUAAGUUCUGCAUAUCCAUUCAUUCUUCUUAUUCGUAAUGUCAAAUUAAGUAUUUCAAUGGACCGCUUAACUGUUAUAUCUUGUGCGUUAUUUCUUUCUGCUAACCUCUUUGCUGUCAUUAGCUUGAUUUUACCAGACUGGAUUGUUUCUGAUGUUGGUGGUAAUACUAGACUAGGUCUUUUAAGAAAUUGUAUGACUAUCUAUGGUCGUGACCAAGUAUGCUUUACUCCUAGUUUGAGAUCUGAGUGGACAUUAGCGUUGGCCUGUAUAGUCUUAGGGUGCUUCGCUGUGUUUAUUACAGUACUGUUACUCAUUUCUUCCCAUUGGCAUGACCAAGGAGUACCUUAUGCAAGAUGGAUUGGGUUUUGUGCAAUGGGCUUGUUUUGCGCUGCUGCCGUAAUUUUCCCUGUUGGAUUUACAAUGGAAGAAAUCGGAGGUGAAGCGUAUCAACUUCCAAGUAGUCAUCAAGUUGGUUUAUCCUACAUAUUUUUUGUUUUAGCUCUUUGGAUUACAGUAAUUUCGGAAUUGUUUGCUGGCAAAGUGUGCAUGCCUCAUUUUUAAAACAAUAUAGUGAUUUUUGGAUUAGUUUGGCUGAAACAUUGCAGCUGGUUGAAAUUAUUCAAAAGAUAAAUUAUUUCAGUGACUUUGAAAGAACUUGUGUGAAGAUUUCCAUUUAGGAUAAUGUGUUAUAAUGUUUGUUUGAUUUUGAUUAGAGCUAAAACCUGAAAAACAUUGAAAAAAUCACAACACAGAAAAAACUCAGAAUGAUAACUUUGCAGCUUGCUCAAGACAAGCCACUGUGUACAUACAUAUUGCAAUUAGUGAACAAUCCUGUUGUAUUACCUUGGUAUUACUGUUAGCUCAAUUAGAAUGAUACAGAAAUAUUCUUUAACCAGAAUCACUGAAAAAAUUUACAAGACAUGGGAUUUAAAAGAAUGUCCAAGACAGAAUUCAGCUGAAAUAAACUUUAAAACUAUAUAAUGGUCUCAAAAAAUAAGAACAGAAUGCUUAAAGGUUAGCUAAGCUCAUAAAUAAUGAAUAGAUUUGUUACAAGUCUA